AAAAUACAGUCGGCAUCCUGACUACAACUCGUCUCGCCAAAUCGAUACUAUGACUUCCAGUGAAAUCGAGAUCCCCAGCGAGGUGAAGACUGACCCCGCCGCUCUGAUCGCUUCCCUCCAACUGCUACCAUCCCCAACACCGAACCUGGAAAUCCAACACACCAAGCUUUUCAUUAACAAUGAAUGGCAUCAUUCAGUGAGUGGGAAAACUUUCUCCACCUACAACCCUUCAACAGGAGAGAAAAUCUGUGAUGUUCAAGAAGCUGACAAGGCUGAUGUGGACAAGGCAGUACAGGCUGCACGGAUUGCCUUCUCCCCGGGCUCUGUGUGGAGGAGGAUGGAUGCUUCAGAGAGGGGUCGGCUGAUCGACAAACUGGCAGAUCUGGUGGAACGGGACCGAGCACAUCUUGCUACACUUGAAUCUCUAGACAGUGGAAAGCCAUUUCUCCAGGCUUAUUAUGUUGACCUACAGGGAGUCAUAAAAACUCUCAGAUACUUUGCUGGUUGGACUGACAAGAUUCAUGGCAAGACAAUUCCAGUCGAUGGAGAUUAUUUCACAUUUACAAGACAUGAACCAAUAGGGGUGUGUGGACAGAUCAUCCCUUGGAAUUUUCCCCUACUCAUGUUUGCAUGGAAGAUAGUUCCUGCCCUGUGUUGUGGUAACACAGUAGUCAUCAAACCAGCAGAGCAGACACCCCUGACUGCGCUCUAUAUGGGAGCCCUUAUCAUUGAGGCUGGUUUUCCUCCAGGUGUGGUCAAUAUUGUGCCUGGAUUUGGUGUGACGGCUGGUGCAGCAAUAGCUUCUCAUAUGGAUAUCGACAAAAUCGCAUUUACAGGAUCAAAUGAGGUUGGAAAAUUAAUCCAGGAAGCAGCUGGGAAGAGUAAUCUGAAGAGAGUAACACUGGAGCUGGGAGGAAAGAGUCCGAACAUUAUUUUUGCAGAUGCUGAUUUGGACUAUGCUGUGGAACAGGCUCAUCAGGGAGUGUUCUUCAACCAAGGCCAAUGCUGCACAGCAGGAUCACGGAUCUAUGUAGAGGAGCCAAUCUAUGAUGAGUUUGUCAGAAAGAGUACAGAACGUGCACAGAGGAGAACAGUAGGAAACCCUUUUGAUCCUGCCACUGAGCAGGGCCCACAAAUUGACAAACUGCAAUGUGAUAAAGUCCUUGAACUUGUACUAAGUGGUAUCGCUGAAGGAGCAAAGCUUGAAUGUGGUGGCAAAUCACUGGGGAAGAAAGGAUUCUUCAUUGAACCCACUGUAUUUUCAAAUGUCACAGAUGACAUGAGGAUAGCGAAGGAAGAGAUUUUUGGCCCAGUUCAACCAAUCAUCAAGUUUAAAACUAUGGAAGAGGUUGUGGAAAGGGCCAAUAAGUCUCAGUUUGGUCUAGUGGCUGCGGUGUUCACCAAGGAUAUCGAUAAAGCAUUAACAGUUUCUGCAGCUAUGCAGGCUGGGACAGUCUGGAUUAAUUGUUACAAUGCCUUAAAUGUCCAAAGUCCCUUUGGAGGAUUUAAAAUGUCUGGCAUUGGAAGAGAAAUGGGAGAAUAUGGGUUAAGGGAAUACACGGAAAUCAAAACUGUGACUGUCCGAAUUCAACAGAAGAAUUCUUAAGGUUGUUGGUGGGGUUGAUGCUUUGUAUAUGGACACAGUGAAUCCAUUCUGUUGUCAGCAGGACAAACAUGCACAAUGCUGGUUGUGCAGCAUACGGUUGAAGCUUUAUCUUAUCAAAAGUAACAAAAAAAACUAGUGAAUGUAUAUGUACCACAAAUACUGUGUAUUUGAGGAAAAUACAAUAAUCUCAGCAGAUUCCCCGAGUGCGUUCAUUAUACAUUGCCCCUCAAAAUCAUUUCUAGCCUUAUGGAAUCUGUCCACUGUGGAUAUUUAAUAGACCAGAAAACUUUCUGGUGUCACUGGAACCGAUGGCCUUGUUCUACCGCUGUUAACACUUUGAGAAGUGCCACAGAAACUACAGGGCCCUGGUUAAAAAUCAAUGUGUGCUAUGGGGUAGCUAAGGUAAGUGAAGGAGGAAUAAAUCGUAGGGUGAGGUCAACCUGAUAUUCGCAACCCUCCAGUGAUGCAGUGUAAACAUCAGUCCUGGCUCACUCAUUCUCUUAGAUGGGAAAGACACAAUUAGGCAAGCGAAUCCCAUGAUCCAGAGUGUUUUCAUA